CUGAUGCUCAAUUGAGUCAAUUGACUCGAAUUUCUAUAAGAUGACUUCACUCCUCUCAGUUGUGGUAAAUCUUCAACCUUCAACCUUCAACCUUCAACCUUCAACCUCAUCUCAUCUCAUCUCAUCUCAUCUCGCCAUCUCAUCCUCAUCUCUAAAAGCAUUCACUUAAUCGUCAACCCCAUACGUGAAAGUCAAUUCACUGCCUCCUCUUCAUACGCCAUCAGUGUCAGAGCUUCAUAUUUUAGUACAGAAGCUUCCCAGUGUUGGACUAUUCAGUUCUCCAUCCUCUCAACAACUCAUAUAUAUAUAUCUCUCUCCACCUCAAUUUGUAUCGACCACAUUUCCAACCAGAACAAUAUUCAAUUUACAACAUAAUUCUACACUUCAACGACAUCAUGUAUUCCAUCAGCAGUAUCGUUCUCGUUUUGGCUUCGGCCGUUGCCGCUGUGCCACUCAACACUGUAUCAGCUAUCUCUUCAACUGAUUAUAAUUGUGGAACCGCAACCCUACCUGUCAAUGGAGGUACGUUUUUACCCUCCAAGUUUUAUUCAGUCUUGUUUCAAGAAUUACAACUAACAUCUCUACUUCCAGGUGUUUCUGAGCUUCCAACACCAAGUGGUACUCUCGCCUAUGCUGCUCUCGGUCGUGGUAUCCAAAAUUACACCUGUUCCGCCGUUGGUGCUACUCCAGUAGCUCUUGGUGCUGUCGCAAGCCUCUACGACGCUACCGAAUUUGCCAAGUGCAAUGGCGCCGCUUUCAAUAAUUUGCCUAAUAUCGCUGUCUAUACCAGUCUUCCCUCGACUACUAGUGCUAAAUUCCUGGGUCUCAGUACUCUUGGCAAGCACUUCUUUGAUGCUAGGGGUACUCCAACCUUCGACCUCUACACUGUCAACAAAAUCUUGUACAGUGCUAAAACUGGUGAUGUUUCCGCACCAAUAAACGCCAGCCCAGGACCCUCUGAUACUGGUGCCGUUGAUUGGUUGUCAUUAUCUGCCAAGGCUACUUACACAUCUGUUGGUCUUUCAGAAGUCUUCCGUGUUGAGACUGCUGGUGGUAAUUCGAUUAAUCCUUGCUCAAAAGUUGGUGUACAGAGUGUUCAAUACUCUGCUCAAUACUGGUUCUACAGUUGACUCCCUGAGGCUACCGAUCCUUCUGGCGAUGAUGAUGUAUGUGAUAACUCAGAAGAGUAAUGAAUGGAUCGAGGUUUCAAGAAGAUAGAAGAUAUGUCAUUUCUUAUGACUUUUAAUGAUGCAGAAAUGGAUGAAAGAAAGGAUGAAUGGAUGAAUGAAUGGAAUAAGCGAACACAAAAGAAUAAAUGCAUAUGUAGAAUAUGCUUCCUGGAUGGAUGAACAGGCAGGACAAUAGGAAAAUUGGUAUAAAAAAAGCAACACCUUACUACGAGUAGGAUAUGCAUUAAUUUGUACAUACAUUCAUUCAUUUCUCUAUGAUAGCUGAACUUACUACGGUUUUCCACUUUCUUAUGAGACUUUUUUCU